UUUAAAUAUGUCUAAAGUUUAUAAGUAGGAUGUCAUUUUAGGGUUUGUGCUUUACAUUUACAGAAAUGUUUUCUUCGUAAAUUAAAGUACAAGCUGCAUCAGUCCGUAGGGACUUGGGUUGGGAACCUGAGGAUUCAUGGUUCAAGUCCCGGACCAAAGUAUGGAAAUUGUUCUGGUUGCUGGAGAGGCGCGAGUUCCCCUCAACGUGUCCCUGAGCAAGGCACUCUGACAUAUCUUUACAACUGUUACAAUCUUUUGUCAAAGUGCAUCCAUGAUGUCAGUCUCAAAACUUGCCCUAAUAUAGCCUUGAAGACUGCCGGCUAGAGUUACCUGUGUGAAAAUGACACCUGCAGCACGUGAUCACCUGACCAUGUGUGACACAGAUACUGGUUCUGGAGAAGUCAGCAGCUAACAGUGCAUGUGCCAGCCUUGAAGUAUCAUUGUUCUUUAACGAAAGACUCCACUUCAAUUGCUCGUUGGAUCACCUCAGACCUGCUUCUAAGUAUUGGAUUUUUUUUUUUUUACAUCCCUUUGGAAGUUUAUUUGAUGUUGUCUUAUCAUGACUGUGAAGCAUCUCUCGGUGGAAUACAACAAGGUGAAUGAACGCGGCACUUUUUCUCCUGGGGACACCCUCUCUGGAAAGGUGACAGUGGUGAUGAGCAAGGAAACCAGAGUGCAGUGCUUUGUGGUCAAAACCAAAGGAAAAGCUAAGGUGAUAUGGUCUGAACAUAAAGGACAAAACAAAGAGACGCACAGUGACAAGAAGAUCUACUUUUACUUUGAACAUAUUAUUCUGCAGGAUAAAAACAAAGGAGAUGGUUGGUAUUGCCUCUUGUGGAAAGAAAAAUAUCAAUAUGAAGAGUGUGAUGACAAAUUGAAGACUGUGCAUUUAAUUGUUUUAUUAUUUUCAUUUCAAGGUUCUGAAAUCAUCAGCCCCGGGAGAAAUGUGUUUCCUUUCGCCUUUGAGAUUCCAAACAUAGAUAUACCUUCAUCCUAUGAGGGGAAAUGGGGCAAAAUUACGUAUAGUUUGCGAGCACAGCUAACUCUGUCGAUCUGGAGUGUCCACAAAUCAAAGACUGAGUUUCCUUUCCUGACCAAGUCUGAGUUCCCCUUUGCCUCCAAAUCAGAAAUGAUAAUCAUUGGACUCAAGGAACAACAACAUGCCACCAGGAUUUCAUUUCAUGGCUCCGAAAAAGUUACUAUGAAUGUUACUUCAGAAAAAAUGGGAGUUAAGCAAGGUGAAGCACUGGGGGUCUCUGUAGAAGUCUUCAAUCAAUCAGCUCGCACAGUGACUCCCAAAUUCUACCUGUGUGAGGAGCAGACUUUUGCUGCUAGGUCACAGAAGAUAGUACACACAAAUGAAACUCUGUUUGGGACAGGAGACUCUGUUCCAGCUCAUACCAAUCGGACUAUGACCAAAGUAAUCAGUAUACCACCUCAGCUCCACCCGACCUUCUUCAACUGCAGCAUGAUGAGGCUCGAGUACAGACUCAAGGUCACUCUCGAUGUUCCUCUUGCAAAAGCUGCUGAGAUUAAACUUCCUCUGGUCAUUCUGCUGGGUCUACCAAAACUACAUCAACAGAAACCAAAGAGAUCCAUCUGGUUCAGAAAGCUCCCUGGUUAAAAGGAUGAAUUAGAUGAAUAGAUAUUGGUAAUUGUGCUGAUGCUUGCAUGUUGCUGAGAUGUUGCAAGACUCAUUUAACAACACAGAACCAUAAAGUGUUCCUGUUAUUGUUGUUUCUUUUAAACCAUGAGGGAAUGUUACUUAUAGAUGAUUUCAAGGGCAGAGGCUUUGCCUACUAUAUUUCUUUGUCCACUAGAUGGAGGUAUGUGUUACUGAGCAAACAGGGAACAAUUGAUCAAUUUGA